AUGGUUCUGAAAUCCACGGGUGCCAAUAAUAUCCCUGUAUAUCAGGUCUCUGGUACCAAUUCCAGUAGAUCGUUGCCCGAUUGGCUGAUCAGAAAACGGAAGCGGUCGCUCAAGAAUGACCCAGACUUUGCGAAUCGUGUGGAGCUCAUCCAGGACUUUCAGUUCGACGAAGCUUCUCUCAAGGUGAAGGUGUCGCGAGACGGCAAUUUUGCCAUGGCGACCGGCACUUAUAAGCCCCAAAUUCAUGUUUAUGAUUUCUCACAGCUGUCGAUGAAAUUCGACCGCCACACGGAUGCCGAAAACGUUGAUUUCGUCAUGAUCUCAGACGACUGGACAAAGUCUGUGCAUUUGCAGAACGACCGAACUAUUGAGUUCCAUGCCCAGGGCGGAAUUCACACGCGCUCCCGUAUUCCCAAAUUCGGCCGGUCGAUCGCCUACAACCGCACCAAUUGCGAUCUCUAUGUUGGAGCCGGUGGAAACGAGCUUUACCGACUGAAUAUUGACCAGGGCCGGUUCCUGGCUCCUUUCGAGUGCGAAAGUGAGGGAAUUAAUAAAGUCGAGGUAAGCUCUGCCCACGGGCUGGUUGGCUGCGGUGGUGAAAACGGUACUGUGGAAUUUUGGGACCCUCGAUCCCGGAACAGAGUGGGUAUUCUAAGAGUUGGUGGCCAGGGCCAGGGCGUUGGAAGCGGUGUUACUGCUUUGGCGUUCCAUGACGAUGGGUUGCAGUUCGCAGCUGGAACUUAUGAUGGCCUUAGUAUGAUUUAUGACCUGCGAUCUUCGGAUCCCAUUCUGACCAGAGAUCAGGGCUACGGGUUCGCUAUUAGAAACCUAGGAUUCCUAGACACACAGUCUGUCUCUCGCAAGAUAUACAGUGCUGAUAAGCGCGUCGUAAAAGUUUGGGACACAAACAACGGGGAACCAUUCACUGCUAUUGAGCCCACAGUUGAUAUUAACGAUGUGGCUCACAUCCCAGACACAGGUAUGUUUUUCCUGGCUAAUGAGGGCAUUCCAAUGCACACAUACUACGUUCCUGCCAUUGGCCCUGCUCCCCGCUGGUGCUCGUUUUUGGACAGCAUCACCGAGGAGCUCGAAGAGAAGCCGGCGACCAGCGUCUACGAGAACUUCAAGUUUGUUACUCGCAAAGAGCUCGAGGGUCUCAAUUUGGGCCAUCUUAUUGGCAGCAGUGUUGUCAAAAGCUACAUGCAUGGUUAUUUUAUCGAUAUGCGCCUGUACGAGCAGGCCAAACUCAUUUCAGAUCCGUUUGCCUAUCGCGAGCACCGCGAACGGGAGAUUCGCAAAAAGAUCGAAAAGCAGCGCGAAUCACGAAUCCGUACGACUGGUGCAGCUCAAAGUUCUGGAGUCAAGGUCAACAAAGAGUUUGCUGCUGUUAACAAAGACAAGAUCGACGACCGUUUCAAGGCCAUGUUCGAGGAUCCCGAGUUCCAGAUCGAUAAAAAUAGUUUCGAGUACAAACUACUGCAUGGUGGAAAACCAGGUCAGGCCCAGGCCUACAAUGGUGAACCUGUUAGAACUCGAGAUGCACCUCGGGCACUCACUGCCGCUGAAGAAGAAGAAAUGGAACGCAAUGAAUCCAAGUCAGAAUCCGAGUCAAGUUUAAGCUCUGACAGCGAAAAGAAAGAACGGAUCAAAGAGCGAAGACGCAAACAAGCUGAGCGUCGCGAAAAACAACAGCAAAAGCGUCGCCUCAUGGAGGAACAGCCUGAAAUGGUAUCUGUGGACCAUGAAAACAGGGCCAGUAUGAGCCUGGGUGAGCAAUUGGCAUUCAAAGCCAAGAAACCAGUGCGGGAUCGUGACCAGGUCCAUAAAAGCGGUCGUGGAGAGGCCGAGAUCACGUUCGUUCCUCGAUCUAAAAAGCCCGUCCGUCCUCGCAUCCAAGAAGGCCGCACCGCCCCGCGGGACUCUAAAGAUCGCCGCAGAGCAUCUAAAAAUGUUUUCCGAGGCAUGUGA